AUGAUGAGAAACCAGAUCAUGUUGCGGGAGCCGUCGGCGGCGUCCGCCGUGUACCGCCGGCAGCUGCUGCUGGAGAAAUCCUCCCCGAGGAGGCUGACAGUGGCGGAGUUCGCCGGCGGGACGACGGCGGAAUGCGCAGCGGUGGCGUGCUGCUGCCCCUUCGGCCUGGCGAACUUUCUGGUGCUGAUGGCCUACAAGGUCCCGGCGGGACUUUGCCGGAAGGCUCUGAGGAGGAAGCGCCACCGCAGGUUGCUGAAGCAAGGGCUGCUGCAACCCCGCCGCCUCCCGUUCACGUGCGACGAAACCCUGUUCCACGUGCGACCCAUCAGCAGCCCCCUCGGGGAAAUGGACACCAGAGAGGAGGAGGUCAUCGAAUUGGAGAAGGAAAUGUGGGACAGAUUCUACGGCGCCGGUUUCUGGCGGAGUCCCUCGCAGAGAAGCGAGAUCUCUGCCCAGUAA